AUCUGUGCUAAAUAUUUUGGGGAUCUGUGCUGAUCAUCUGUACCAGAGAUCUCAUGUCGUAGACUGUUUGGAGUGUGUAUAUACUUGCGCUACAGUUUGUAAAUUGUUAAAGUGGUUAGGGGGUAAUUGCAAUGGCAGAGAGACAUGGCUGGUGCUGAAGAUUCUGACCUGUUUCAAGUUCCCCUUGCUGCUCUUCACACUGCCACAAGGGAAGUCAUUUCAUCUCUCUUGAAUCCAUUGAAAGUUAUUCCAACUGAUGAAGAUAUACCGAGGGACUGGCGAGGUUUGGCCCAGUUGGUCGGUCUGAAUGGUCAGACAGUGGUUCUGAUAGGGUCAAAACCUGACCCAACAGCACAAGUGUUAAGCCAUUGGCGACAAGGAUCAUUGGGUCUUUUAAGGUCCAUUCUUGGUCAGUUGGAUCGUUGGGAUGUUGUGAGUGAUACAGAAAAUAUGAUAGAGCGUGAUGCUGUUAAUUUUUUAAAAGGAAAGGACAGAACCAAAGCAUCUGCUACAGAAUUGGAUGCUGAGAUUGAUGAACAAAUCUUAACAGUAGCGGAUGUGUAUAGACUAGAACAGGGUUUGGAACCACAGCAUUAUGAUGCCUUUCUACUGUUUGCCGAGGAGGAUCAAGAUUUUGCAACACAGAUUGUGGAUAGGAUGGAAACAGAUUAUGGAUUGAAGCUACCUAAGCGAUUGUGCUUAUCAAGGACUGCUUCAUGGAGUUUGUUAUAUUUACAAUCUCUUCUAGAUCAAAGAUUACGCAAAAUUGUACCAAUUAUGUACCAGAGGUGCCAGCUGCCUCCAGAGUUGACUUACUACUUCUGGCUUGACUACUCCCGGGCUGGAAAACUGUAUGAUUUUUGGACAAAACUGCACAACUCCGUACAUUCUCCCUCAAGUCUGCAACCUUCCAGGGCUCAGUUGCCAGCUGUUAAAGCCAGUGGUGAAGAAAGCCGUAGCUUCAAAGCUGAACCUGUGUUGGAACAAGACACGGUAGUUUCUUCUGACUGGAAGGAUGAGGACACUGCAGAUACGUGCAGUUUAGGAAGUGAAAACUCGAGCUCUCACGGUAGAAGUUUUGAAACACCACUUUUAAAGAAGCAAAAGUCAUUAAGUAUGGAGUCUUUGAAGUACAAGGCAUUCACAAAGCUAUUUAAGAAAUUAUCAAAAAGAAAACCACAAUUAGCUGAGGCCACAUGAUUCAUUGCUUGGUGCACCUUGUGUACCAACUUUUUGGUGUAGGAGAUGCGUUGUAGGAAGGGAGUAUUUUUUGUCUGUAGAUUAUGUCUACUUUCUUUUUGAGUCCUGCAUGAACUACACAACCAAAUGGACUCAACGAAUAUCUCAGUAAAAUAUUUAAAGCUAUCUGAAUAGACAUUGUUUCUGUAAGAAAAGCAAUAAACGAAAAUAGUAUCCUGAAUAAAAUAUUGUUAUAUUAGAAUAAUGAAAGGAUACUUUGAAAUGGGCAAUCUUAUCCCUGCAUCAUAAUUAGGGAAGGACACUGAAGUGAAACACAUUGAGCAUGUUUACAAGUCUCUGAUGUAGCAGAUUCUUCACCAAUUAGAAUAAGUGUAAAUUGUUGCUUACAAUCUAUCCAAGUCCUUUGGUUUGAGAUUCAGUGUAGAGAAACAUGUGGCUGGUGAAGAUUGGUGCAAAUUGUACUACACCGAGUGUAUAAUGGUGAGUAAAUCUGUUUCUUCAUACUCAGGAACUGAAUGAGAAAGAAGUAGAUGCUUAAUUUUGAUUUGCCUCAAUGGCAGUUAGUAGCUUACUAAACAAACCCCAGGUAUCAGUUAUAACAUGGAUAAUUCAGGUUUGCUGUUUAAUGACGCUAGUCAUGUUACUGCCAUGAAAGACAGUAAAAAUGUUCAUGUCUUAGGGUGGCCACACGCUACGGCUUACUGGAAGGCUUACGUCUGUGAAGGCCAACCGGAGCGUGUGUUGAAUUUGGCUGGAAACCGAGCCUCCGAUAAAUCUGCAGCAACUUGAUUUUUUACCUUGAGGUUUACUGGGUGUUUACAAGUCGUAACGUGUAUGGGGAAAGAGGAGGGUAGAGGCUUGUAGCAUUUAGUCAUCUCAGUCAGUCAACACAGCACUAUACAGCCCUGUUUGUUUCAUCAAUUUUUAUAUUACCAUUAUUGGAGUGAUGGCUGACAUGAGAUCCUGGCCUCAUGAAUUCAUCUCUGAAUUCAUCGAGUUGUACAGGUCUCUGCCUUGUUUUAUAUACAAUGUGAAAAGCAAGCAGUAUUCCACGAACACUCGAGAAACUCUGCAUAUUUGAAGAUACCAUAGCUAUUACUAUGCAUAGUAAAGAGUAUCAACAAUACGUGCAGUUCUUACAGAAAAGAGUUGAAGAAAGUGUCACAGUGGAAAAGAAGCAGCGCGAGCGGAGAAGUAUGUAAUCCGUCUCUAUGGUAUUUCCACAUGUAGGAUUUUCUGUACGACCAGGUAGUUAUGCAAGUCCGUCGGCUCUAACCGAAUUUCAUUCAAGAAAUUUAUGCGAGAAUGUUUUUGUCUAUCUAACCCACUUAGAAUGAUUUCGCUUUCUUUUGUUUUUUGGACAUUAAAGUAACAGCAAUACUGAUUACAAUCACAUCGACUUCACUGAACAUGUCGUAGCAUCAACUCGAGAAUGAAAGACUGAGCACAAAGUCUGUACGUGUGUGAACUCUCAGAGGUUUGAGGCUUACCUUCCGACUUUAAUCUCGGAAGGCAGGCCUUCCGGUAAGUCGUAGCGUGUGUGGCCACCCUUAAAAUCUACUAAAAGAGGCAAAACCAUACCUCUCAUAGUGUUCUCUAAUGCUGAAGGUUCCUUUAUACCUCAAUAUUUUAUUUUUAAAGUAGUCUACAAGUAAAAUGUUCAUGAGCUAUUAUUACAAUGAAGAGAGACUCCAUACAAACUCAUAUCCAUGGACUGGCUUUUGAAUCACCUCAUACCCUGAAAACCAGCAGGGAAAUAUCUCAAUUUUGGAUUGUUGUGUGGAGCACAUGAAAUUUUAUGAAGUGUUACAAACUUCAGCUGACAAGAAGAUAAUGUUGUUCUGUACAGUGCAUUUUCCAAGCUUCUGAAAGCAUAUUUUUAAAUUCCUUGUGAUGAGUUGAUCUGGGUAAAGCCAGUUAUGAAAUUUGAGUGGUGUCAGUUUCAUGCACUACAUUCCAGUGUCUGAUCUCAUCUCUGAAGUGUCAGAUUCAGUGUAAUGUUUCUGAAUCACAUUUU